GGAUGCGAGCGAGGCGGGUUCGGGUUCCGAGACGGACCGAGGAGUCGGAGAAUGCCAGCGGGCCGUGAACACACCGCCCGUGUUGUCUCGCGACCGUCCGCCGUCAGAUCCGCACCGCACCGCAGGGAGUCGUGAUUGUUGUUGUUAUCACUCGUAACGGGGACCGGACCGCGUCAGGGACAUGCCUCCUCCGCCUCCUCCUCAGAGCCUCCAAUCCAGCGGACUGACGCUCUCCGAAACAAGCAUGGGGUCCUUUGAGAGGAGGAAGAGGAAAUCCAUAAUCGUGACGGUGAUGCUGCUCAUCGUGUCUGUGCUCAUCCUCAUCUUCGGUCUGGCGGCGACGACCAGGACGCAGAACAUCACAGUGGGCGGCUACUACUCAGGACUCAUACUGGGCUUCGGCUCUUUUCUGGGAAUUAUCGGUUCUCAUCUGUUAGAGAGCAAGAGGCAGAUGCUCGUUGCGUCCAUUGUCUUCAUCAGCUUCGGGGUGGUGGCCGCGUUCUGCUGCGCGAUUGUCGAUGGAGUUUUUGCAGCGAGGCACAUCGACCUCCGGCCUCUGUACGCCGGCCGCUGUGAGUAUCACUCCAGUGAGACCUCAUCCGACCGUGACGUGCCCUGUAAGACGUCGUCGCGCACGUCGUGCAACCUGCGCGUGAAGAGCAACACCUGUUACUGCUGCGACCUCUACAACUGCGGGAAAGAACAUCCUCUUAUGGGACUUCAGAAUAAAGAUGUUUUGAAAAAGUUUAGGAAAGCAUCCAUGAUUUGGAAGCCCAGCCGUGUGGAGGUGAUUGGAGGUUACCACGAGUACACAGAUGUGAAGAGCUGCCAGGACGUGGUGCACCUCUACCACCUGCUGUGGUGCGCCACCAUCCUCAACAUCGUGGCUCUCUUCCUGGGCAUCAUCACCGCCGCAGUGCUGGGGGGCUUCAAGGACAUGAUGCCGUCUCCUGCCUCAGAGAGCAGUUCUGAACCAGAGGCCAUAGCGGCUCCGGCCCCAGCGGUACCUCGACAGCCAGCCACUUCUGUCAACUCCUACUACAACGCUGCCCCCUGCCUGCCACCGUACACUGCCUACGACCUGCAGCCGGGCUCCUAUUUGUUCCCCGACUCCUCGGGCCUGUCAGACGACUCCCAGUCCGGAGCCAGCCACCUGUGGCCCACCAUGAUCCCCCCACGGUACUCCCCUCCCCACAACCACCCCGACGAGAAGCCGCCGCCGUACAGCCCAUAACCGACGGGAGCUCCUGAAGUCAAGGCGCCGUCGGAUGCUGAGCCGGCGCUUCGGUAGUUUUUUUUCCCCUCACUGUCGUCGUAACUCCGAUGAAGAGAAGAAGGUGAGGAGGACGGCGACGGCCACAGAGCAUGCUCACACCGGAUGGAUGGAGGGUUUGCCUCACACUCUGUGUGUGAGUGCAGACACGCACACACACACACACACACACACACACACACACUGAGAGAGAGACGACUGUUUACACAUCUAUCUGCCUUAAUGCAAACGGACCUCCAGCAGCGCUGCAGCAGCACCUCUGCAACAAAAAACUCUCCUGCGACUCCACCUUUUCGUCAGACUGCAAAACGCUUCUCGCCUCGGCAGAAACCGCCGUCCUCCACCGCGAGGAUCUGGACGGACUCGCUCACCUCCACGUCAGAUUAACGCUAAAUAAAAAGCUUCGGCGUCUUCUCCCCAAUCUGAAACGGCUAGAUUAAGAAGUAUGGAGUCGUAGGAGCGAGCACUCCUCUCUGUAGCAGUCGAUAGUGUCAGUGUACAUUAUUAAAGGCAGCGUUAGCAGGUAUGACAUGCUCACCAUGUAUGUACAGCAGUAUGAUAUCCAGUUAGCAGUUAGACCCGAGGUAUUCAAAGGGAACGUGGUUUAUCUAUUUAUCAGCCUUCCAGAGCCGUCCUGUCAAGAAAUAAGCUAUCCUACCAUGCAGUAGUCGUUGAGACCAAACGAUUAACGGUUACACCCAGAAGCCCGUCUGUCGUACCUCCAGCUUUAAAACAGGUAAGAAUAUACACAUAGGUCUCUCGCUCUCUCUCUCUCUCUCUCUCUCUUGUAAGUAGCGGUAAUAAUAUCACAUCUAGGAGCUGAAUGUGUCGUCACGAGGUAACAGUAGUGUGAACCGUCAGUGCUGGAUUCACUGAUCAGAGGUGGCAGAUCGUGAAAAAAA